AUUAUCUUCUUUCUUUGACUGCUCCCUUCUUCUACCUCCUCUACUGUAUCCAGUGCUGCUGAAGGCGAGGCGAGCACACAUGGCCAUGGGGGAUGACUACUCCAAGGCGAGGCAAGCCCUGGCGGUGAGCGCCCACGAGUGCUCGCUGGUGGACGCGGUCUCCUCCGCGGCCACGCCGCCGACCGCGGACGACGGGGAGGGGCACGCGGCGGGCUUCUUCGAGGGCUUCGUGCUGGGCGGGAUCCGCGUGGACAGCGUCCGCCCGGGCCUCGUCGACUGCUCCUUCACCGUCCCCUCCAGGCUCACCGAUCGGAGCGGGUGCCUGGCCGCGGGCGCGGUGGUGUCGCUGGUGGACGAGGUGGGGUCGGCGGCCUCCAUCGCCGACGGGCGCCCCGUCAAGGUCUCCACCGACAUGUCCGUCUCCUUCGUCUCCCUCGCGCAGGCCCGCCCCGGCGACCGCCUGCGGAUCACGGCCAGGGCGCUCGGCCACAAGGGGGCGUACUCCGCCACCCACGUCCUCAUCUCCAACGCCGCCACCGGCGAGGUCGUCGCCGAGGGCAGGCACUCCCUCUUCGGCAGGAUGAAGGUCGUCUCCACCUCCACCGCCACCGCCACCAGCAAGCUGUGACCAUGGAUUCCACCCUGCUGCCAUGGUUAAUUAAAGUGUGAGUAUUAUGGCCCUUCUAAGUAGCGUAAUAAGGAGGUUUUGAUUUUGAUCACAAAUGUCUUCAGUAUCUGAUUGAGCAUACGACACACCUGAACCUGAUUAUACCAUUUUUCUUUUUUGCUUUACUAGCUGUAAAUUCAGUUAUCGAAUUACCUGCCCCAGUACAGUGUUAAUAACAUUGUCAACUUUCAUUAUCUGGGUCGCCAAGUUUGGGCGUUCAUUCAUUUUAUGUUCAUUAGUUUCAGAGCAGUUGAUAGAGUAUAUGAAAAAUAAAUGAAAAGAAUUGUAACUAUUUUUGUCUUUGA